AUGGCCUCGGAAACGGAUCCAGACGAGCACGAAGUCCGGGAACACGACCCAAUGCCAAAGGGGUACAAAUUCGUCCCGAAAGGCAACGUCUACAUCACCAAGCACUGCCGCAAAAAGACGCACGAGGCGGAUAAGACGCUAUACGUUGUAGUUGACGGGAAGAACAAGCCAAUCGGCCUGCGAUGUCCCGCGUAUAUCUACAACGCAGUCAUGUCCGAGAAUAGGGCAACGGCCGCGCAGCGAGCUGAGGCCGUCCAGAAGCGAGACGCGGCCAUCUUGGAGAGCUUUGAAGAGGCAAUACUGAAGCUCUUCCCUCGGAUACCCAAGGCCGAGCUGCCGCAGAUCCUGAAGCACUCGCUCAAGAAGCACAGCCGUCGGGUGGGCAGGGCCAACGCGGUGGCCCUGCAGGACAGGGUGAAGCUUGCGGUACGCGCCCAUAUCCGCCACAUGCACACCGACUACGACAUGCUGCUCAAGCAGGGCACGAGUCGGUCGGUCGCGAGGGAGAAGGUCUGGGACAGGCUCAACGAGGUUGCCAGGGCGUGGGGCGGACGACCACUCAAGCAAGCAGCAACGCUGGCCCCAGUCAAGGAGGGGCGGACCAAGAAGAACAAGUCAUGCCAACUUCCACAAGAAAGCCCAACACAAGAGGGACAGCGAAACGGGCAAUAA